AUGGCUGUUACUACACAAUUUUCUUUCCGGACUCUCAAAGGCAUCGGCGUGGUUAAUGGUGCACCUAACUACGAGCCACUCUCCGGUUUUCAGAGACCGGAAGGGAAUCUCCGUUGCUGUGCCUACUCGCCGUGCGGCCGCUACUUUGCAUGGGCCUCUCCUGAGAACGUGAGCAUCAUAAACCCCGACACCGGAGCGAUCAUUUCCACUCUGCCAGCCGAGAACGUUUUCGAAUUGGGGUUUUCACCACUAGGGACCUACGUCAUCACCUGGCAACGAUCCGUCAAGGACGAAAACGGUGACGCCGUCAAGAAUCUCAAAGUGUGGCUGGUCAUCGAUGAGAAGGCGUUGGCAGAGGGCGUUGACAAAGAACCCAUCGCGAGAUUUGUCCAAAAGUCGCAGACCGGCUGGAACUUGCAGUAUACAUACGAUGAAGCCUUCUGCGCGAGAGUGGUUACAAACGAGGUGCAAAUUUACGAAAGUCAUGACCUGACAAAUGUCUGGAAUAAGAUCCGGGUGGAAGGUGUCGCAGACUUUGCGGUCUCGCCUGGAAAAGAUCAUGCAUUUGCCUUGUUUGUGCCUGAGAGAAAGGGUCAACCGGCUGCCGUCCGAGUAUACGCCGUGCCGAAUUUCACCACCCCAGUAUCGCAAAAGAAUUUCUUCAAGGGCGACAAAGUGCAGCUGAAGUGGAACGACGACGGUACUUCUUUGAUUGUGCUGGCACAGACGGAAGUCGACAAGACCGGCAAGAGUUACUACGGCGAAACCACCCUGUAUUUGCUCAGUGCCAAUGGCGGGUUCGAUUCGAGGAUAGAUCUGGACAAGGAAGGCCCUAUUCACGAUGUCUCCUGGUCUCCUCGGUCCAACAGCUUCGCUGUUGUCUACGGUUAUAUGCCAGCCAAGACCGUGAUCUUCAACUCCAAAGCCCAGCCUGUUCACAGUUUCCCUCUGGCGCCACGAAACACCGUCUUGUUCUCGCCCCACGGGCGUUUCGUUCUUGUGGCCGGAUUUGGUAAUCUUGCUGGACAGAUGGACAUCUAUGACCUAGAGAGGAACUUCGCAAAGAUCUGUACGAUCGAAGCGAGCAACGCAAGCGUUUGUGAAUGGUCCCCUGAUGGAGUGCAUAUCUUGACGGCAACGACAUCUCCUCGCCUGAGAGUUGACAACGGUAUUCGCAUAUGGCAUGCCAGUGGCCCUUUGGUGUAUAACCAAGAUCUGAACGAGCUUUAUCAUGUCUGCUGGCGACCACAACCUGCAUCCUCGCAUCCUCUGACUGCGAACCCUCUCUCGCCUAUACCGGUGCCACAUUCCAGCGCUCUGGAGUACAUGGCAGCGCGGAAGACACCCAGCAAGCCUGCUGGCGCUUACAGACCACCAGGGGCACGUGGUCAAGUUACUCCAUUGGCCUUCAAGCGGGAAGACGAGGGCGGUGCGGCGUAUGUCCGUGAUGGUCUCUCCUCGUUCUCAAGCAACAUCAAUGGGUUCGGCAAAACUCGUCAGCGCGUUGUACCUGGUUCCGAGCCAGUUGAGGACAAAGCGCCGCUACCGCCUGGUGCGGCGCCUGGCGGUGGCGUGAGCUUGACUGGGACCGGAGAGGGAGCAGAUGGAGAACCGCUGUCAAGGGCUGCCAAGAAGAACGCAAAAAAGCGAGAGGCCAAGAAGGCUGCUGCGGCCGCCGCAGCGGAACGUGAAAAAGGAGCAGGCACAAACCUUGCGCCGGAGCAGACUGCAGGGCCAGGACAGAGUCCAAGUCGAAGUCCGGAUGGCCGGGGUCAUCAACGUAGUCGGAGCAGAAACUAUGUGCCUGCUCCAGGCCUCGAGCCACCAACCGGACCGAAGAAAGAACGCAGCCGAAGUAAUAGCAGACGCCAACGGGGCGAUACAAACAGCUCGACGCACAAUCAUGCCAAUGGUACUGCCAAAGGGCCCAGUCAUGCUCCGGGAACACCAAAUCAGAAGCCUCGCACUGCGCCUACGAACAUCAACACGACUACGCAAGCUCCCCUGCCUACCACAGUUCCACAAGCCCAGACCCCGCCUGAGCUAGAGGUCACCAGCCCCAUAACUCCUGGUGGCAACCCUCAAGAAAAGAAAAUCCGAGGCCUCCUUAAGAAGAUUAGGGCGAUUGAAGAUCUCAAGAUGCGGUUCGCAGGUGGUGAGAAAUUGGAGGAUACCCAGAUGCGGAAGAUUUCGACCGAGGAUUCUGUGAGGAAGGAACUGGGAAGUCUGGGAUAUAAUGGUUGA